UCGGCAGUUCAAACAGAUACCAACUGCCAGCAGUUACCGAUAUUUCAUAUUGAGGAUCAACAUUGUUGGGAAAUUCCUAGAUUUUGGACCACUGACUGGGGUUUUAUGGAUUAAAGCAUAUUUGCAGGGUAUUAACGAGCAGCAAUCAAUGGUGCAGAGUUGAAGUGCAAUGCUGAUUUAUUAACAAUUUGUGAGCUAAAAUUGCAAACAUUAUUUUAGUGCAAAAUCAACUUUAGAAGUAUCUUACUUGAAAAAAUAAACGAACAAAUACUGAGCCAAAAAUAUUAUACAAAAAUGUGUUAAGACAUUGCAGGUUGAUUAGCAUAGAUACCAUAGGCUUUAAAUGCUAAAUUUGCAGAAGUAACAAAAACAGUUCAGUACAGAAAUUAUCAAUAUAUCUGAAUUAAAAAAAUAACAAUGGACACAGUGUUCCUAUGUACUUGUUGAAGUUAGCCCGCGGAUAGCAAUGAUACUCAGCUGGAUUAUCAAAGAUUUUUCAGGAUAAAAGGGAUUUUAUUAUUCUGCAGUUAAGAUUUCAAUGUGAAGACAGCAUUAUGGCCAGACUGGAGUCAACACUAUAUCUUCUGCUACCUCUCCUCAACUAUCUUGCAAAAUCAACAGGUGAAUCCAUCAGCGAAUGCUUCACGGGGGAGCAAAAGACGUUAAGGAUCAACUGUGGAUCUGGCUACAUGCUGCGCAUCACGAACACGUUCUACGGGUUCAGUAACUCGAACACGUGUUCGUUCCGUGCAGGUGACUGCACGCAGCUGGAGCACACGCCGUACCCGUGCACAGGCCGGGACUCGUGCUUGAUAACCGUUCCCAGAAGUGGGAAGAGACUCGACAACUGUGAUAAAAACAGCACUUAUUUCCAAGUGCAAUACACGUGUGACCCUGUGAUUGAGACCACAGACAUCUGUCAGUCGUCCGUUCUCACCGCUCAGAGAGGCUACAUAUCGACGCCGCGUUUUCCAAGCAACUACCGAGACAACCUCGACUGCCUGACCCGGAUUAGGGUUGACCCGUCUCAGCAGAUCAACCUCACCGUGAUCGACAUGGACCUCGAGAUUAACGGGACAUACGGGUGCAAGGACUGGAUGUACGCCUUUAACCAGUACCGCAGUGUUACGCUCUGUGGGCUGAGAUUCAAUGAGAAGCUGACAACACUCCAGAGCAACGAGAUCUCCAUCAAGUUUCAGAGCAAUGAGCUGACCAACAAGAAGGGGUUCUGGAUCCUCUAUGAAGCAUGGCCACCUCUCAUACCAAGUCAGCCGUCAACCACUGAGAGACUCACCGUUCCUCCUCAAAUCACAACAAGUCCUGAAGUCCAGACCACCAAGAUAGCUCCUCUGAUCACGUCAAAUACUGCAGUGUCCAAUACGAAGGAAGAAAAGUUACCAUUCGUUGCCAUAGUGUCCAGUGUGAUUGGAACUCUAACCUUCAUUCUGAUCGUUCUUCUAAUUAUCCUGGUGUACCGCUGGUGGAACGACAAAAAGGACACGUCUUACAAAAGAAAGUCCCAGGAUGUUGAGUACCUUGACACACGAAACCCUGCUUACAGAAGCAGUACCGGAACAGAAUUCAGCGGUGUGGAAAUAUACUACAACCGUUAGUAACUAUGUUGCAGGUGGGGAAUAAAUAAUUGAUAUAGAAUGAAAGUGCAAGUCAAAUUGAGAUUUCAACUAACUAAUAUUAUAUAAAACCAGCAAAAUUAUCUCUAUAUGGAGAUACGACAGGCUGAUUUAUUGCUUAUGAAGAUAUUUUUGUGAAGAAUCUAACAAUGUCAGAGUACUUGUGUUCAUGGAGGAUUUCUAGCCAAGGGAGACUACUGUGCUACAGGGUAGAGCACUGACAUUGUUGUCUUACCUGGGGAUAAUAUGACAUUAAAAGGCCACUUGCAAAAGAGAAUUGGGUACUGAUGAAAAAAAUGAUUUAUAAGUGAAGUGACCUUUUACCAAAUGACAUUUUAUAUGGAAACUGAUAUAUGAAGUAUUUGUUAAGUUGGAGGUGUUUUCUAGAUAGAAUGACAAAGCAUUAAAGUGUGAAUUAACUUUGGCUGCUAAGGAGAGUAUUGAAUUUGGUAGAUUAAUUCAAACUAGUCACUGAGAAUAUGCUACACAAAGCAUCGUUCAUUUCGGAUAGACAUAUUGUGAGAUAAACAGCGAUUGCUGGAGUGCAUAUUUCAAGACUGAACCAUUAUUAUUGUUGUAUGUGAAUGUUUCAAGAAAUACACCAUGGCAACAGUAGUGCUAGUGAACUGUGAUCAGAUUCAAAAUCAGGGACACGCUUCUGAUAGCAUGUAUACACAGCUGGCUGGGGUAUAUCACAAUAUAACAAACAGAAAUUAUUCUGCUUACAGAACUGUGUGAUAAUUUGUUUGUAUUUUUUAUUGCGCAAAUUUUUUCAGUUCUUCUGAAAGGCCCAGAAAAUCCUGGCUAUUUCUAAAGGAAGACUGCAAUAUUUGCUUUAAAUUGCAGCUUGAAAAAAUACACAUGUAUACAAAUCGAUCAUUUAGCUAAUAUAAUGUAUGGAGGCAUUGUUUUUACGAGGUCAUAAAGUUAACAGUAUAAAUCCUGUUAAAAAUUUCUUUACGUUUUU